AUGUCGAAAUCCAAGGACAGCAGCUCCUCCGGGGGCUUUCACCAGGAGUACAUUGCUUCUCUGCGCUACCGAAAUGACCUGCCGCCUCCGGAUAUGCCCCCGAAGUUCCUCGAUAUUCCACAUGAGGGCUUGGACCGUUUUUUGACUCCGGGAUUUGCCUCCAAUUUGGCUCGCCGUGAAGAACCUAACAUUGAUGUUGAUGCUGAAGGUGGUAUGCCAAUCGACUUGGUCGGUAUUCCCGGGCUUCACCUGGGUGAUGAGAGCGCGAUUAUGGCUCCUGAGAACCCGGAACCCAUUGACCAAGCUGAUUUGGCACUUCUGAUGACGCCGGAGCAGCUGAAGAACCCGGCACCGAAGAAUACCAACGUCAGUUUCCUUCGCCGUACGCAGUACAUUUCCGCGGGUCUUCGGGCGCCUGAUGGCCCCAAAGUCGCUCCUAUCCGGACGAAGCGUGGGACGGACAAAACUAAGUCGCAGGAUGACCCUACCUACAUCAAGAAAUACCUCCAGAAAGGUUUCGAUAUUGCGUAUCCUCACAGCAAACACGUCGGUGAAGAUACGGCUAGCAAGAUCAAAGGCCACACUCCUACGAAGCUUGAACACGAUGCAUGGGCCCACCCAGUGCACCCUGAUAACCCCAAGUUGAAGCCCGUCGGAUUCUAUCCGCUGCUCCCCGAUCUGGAAGGUUUCCCGGACCCAGGUGGUUUUGUCCAGUUCAAGUUCGACAAGGCGCCUGUGCAGGACGUUUCAGGGAAGAGAGACAAGCGCAUGGAUGUGGCCAUUCUGCUUCCAUCGGCACCGGAGGAGCGCGUUUGCCAAGAGCACAACACGAAGGCAGCCUUGUAUAAGACGAAUCCCAAUCUGUACCCUGACCCAGGUCCAAUCCCAUGGGAUUACGAUCUCUAUCUACCUGAGAAGAAGGAUGCGGCCAAGAACGUUUCGGCGAGUCUGCGCAUGACCAAUCCGGACCGCGAUAAUGAAGCGCUAUACACUCACGAAGGAGCCGACAAUACCAAGUUCCACCGCUUCGACCGCGUCCGCACCUACGCUACGAGCGCUCAAACUUUGGGCAACGAUCAGAAGCAAAAGGACAUCGCGUUGACGCUCUUUGACCCAGAGGAAGUGAAGGGUGGAAACCGUGACGGUCUCGACUCAAGGCAAAAGGCCGCUUACUACUAUCCCAUUCUCGGAAAGACCCGUCUUAAGCCUGAGAGAGCCCGUACCAUCGCCCAGGCUGGUCUGGCGCCUACCCGUCCCAAGACCAAGGAGGACCAGGUCGAUCAGAUCCAAGUGGCGGUGCGCGAUCCUGACGAAGCGGAAGUCUACAAGCGGUCCCUGCAUAGGGCCGCCAUUGACCCGAAGUUUGCCGAGUCGAUGCCUCCACCCCCAGAGAAUCAGGAGAACGAUGUUGAACCAGCCAAGCAAGAGGAAGACGAAGGCGAGCACGACGUCGACCGUCAGGCCUCGCCUGAAGACGCGCACGACGAUGCCGGCAAUGAGAGUGACGAGUAA